UUAAGAAUAAAAGCGCUUGCCGGCUCAUGUUGCUUAUUAUAUGUGACUACGAAUAGUGUGAUUUGGAAUUUUUGUAUAAGCUGAAUGAAAGGUAAGGAUAUCCGAGUCGCCAUGUACUCUCUAAUUGGUCGAUCUGUUUCCCGUAUCAAUCAAAGGUGUAACAUCAGGAGUUGUGCUACAGCCAUUGGACAGACUGUAUAUGCUAAAACUAUUGACGACAUGGAGCACCCAAAAGCCUUACCAUUGAUUGGAACUAAAUUGGAUUUAAUGCUAGCAGGCGGCGGAACAAUGUUGCACGAAUAUAUUGACAAGAGACAUAAAGAACUAGGAUCCAUAUUUUACGAAAAGUUAGGAUGUAACACGAAACUCGUAUUUAUUAGCGAUCCUCUACUCAUUAAAAGAGUGUUUCUAAGCCUUGAAGGGAAAUAUCCUAUCCAUAUCUUACCCGAUCCUUGGGUUCUAUAUGAAAAAUUAUAUGGUUCCAAAAGGGGUCUUUUCUUCAUGAAUAGUGAAGAAUGGUUAACAAAUCGGCGAAUUAUGAACCAACAUUUACUCCGAGAGGGCUCCAUUGAAUGGUUAGAAGAGCCUAUUAAAAAUUCAGUUAAAAAGUUUGUCCACGCGUGGAGAGGAAGAGUCGAAAAUGGAAGUGCAACAGUGAAUUUGGAAUCUGACAUGUACCGACUGUCGAUAGAAGUUAUGUUAGCUAUACUUGCUGGAUCGUCAUCGAAUGGUGUAAAAUAUUCUGAAGCGAUGAUUUCCAACUUCUCAGAUACCUUAAAACAGAUAUUUAAAACAACAACCAAAUUGUACGGUUUGCCAUUAAACAUCUGUCAAAGUUUAAAUUUGAAAGUAUGGAGAAAUUUCAAGGAAUCUGUAGAUGCGUCGCUUCAUUUGGCGCAGAGUCUGGUAUCAGAAAUGGUCAUUAAAAGAGGCGAAGGCGACGGUCUUAUACAUAAACUUGUCAAGGAUGGUGUAACCGACGAAACAGUCGUACGGUUAGUGGCAGAUUUCAUAUUAGCCGCUGGUGAUACGACUGCUUAUACUUCCAUUUGGAGCCUAUAUCUAAUUUCACAAGACGAUUGUGUUAAGAACGAAAUGCGCACAAGAGAUGUAGGAUACGUGAAAAAUGUGCUGAAAGAGUCUAUGCGACUUUAUCCCGUAGCUCCAUUCUUGACAAGAGUUUUGCCAAAAGAUUGUAUCCUCGGCGAAUACAAACUAGAUUUGCACACCCCAAUAAUAGCUUCAAUUUACACAUCUGGGCGAGAUGAGCAGUACUUUACUAAGGCAAAUAUGUUCUUACCUUUCCGUUGGGACAGAAGUGAUCCCAGAAGGAAGGAGCUUGGCAACCACAAUCCUACAGCAACAUUGCCUUUCGCGCUCGGCGCCAGGUCGUGUAUAGGCAAGAAGUUGGCAACAAUGCAACUUACAGAGUUCCUGACUCAGAUUGUAAACAACUUUGAUUUCAAGUGCACAAACAGUGAAAAAGUAUUCCCAGUCACUUCCCAGGUUCUUGUGCCCAAUGAACCUAUUGAAAUGACAAUAUCUCACAGGCAAAUUUGAAAAAAAAAAAAUUAGAGAGGAAAGGAAUAGGUGUUUGGUAGGCACUAAUCUGAUGAAUGUUUCCAAAUUAUUUAGUCAAGGUACCUACCUAUUAUUAUUUUUGAAUGACACAUGUUAAAAGUAAAGUUACACUAAGCACCAAGAAUUCCGGACAUUGAUCUGCACACCGUCAUUAAAACGGUCCACAUACGAGUGAAGCACGUCGAGAGGCAAUGAACUAUUGCAGCAAACGGCUAAUGAAGACGCGUCUCAGUUGAGGCAGCGCGUGAGUUUUCCUCGAUAACUUGCAUCGGUCAUGGCAGGACGUUUGCCGCGCGACCACAUUGCGCUUUAUGUGGACUCGCCUUUUGACCGCCGGCUCCACUGGCGACAGCAAUAUCUAUAACAACGCGCGUGUGAUAGAGAACAGGCGGGUCAAUGUACGAAAUUUUUCGUUAACAACUGUUAACAUUGGCAGUGUCAAUUAAAUACAUUAGUGAUGUAUGAGUAUUAAUUGUAAAGAUUGUUAUAGCGAUUCACGCAGAGGAAUGUAUAAAAUAAUAUUUCAUUUAUAGUUCGUCUACGUCAAGUCGUUUUAUAUCAGUCCAAGCUUGACUUAGGGACCGGCCACAUCAGAGCGUCGCGUGUCUCGGGGCGCGCAACGGACGUCCGCGCCACGCCACCUGAGUGUAAUUCAAAAAACG